GUAAAAACGAUUCGUGUUCUUCAAAUUUAGACUCAAUGGACCCGAAUUCCAACCAAUAUUAGUUUUACAAGUAUUAAAGUCAAAUUAUAUGUAGUGGUCCAACGUUGAGUAGAUCGUUGAGCGCCCUGAGUCUUGUCCUCCAACACAAGAGCACGCUAUUUUACUCGGUCCUGCGCAGUUUCACGCCAGCUUCAUGAGUCACGGAGAUUUACCUCCACUCCAUCCGCCCACCAAUACUCAGGAUGACCUACAGGACGGCGUCCAGUGGGUCGACCCAAAUAUGCACUGUUGCUGUACCAUGAACUCCCAUUAUUUCGAGGUAACCAAGCCAAUAGAGACGAUGUGCUUUGGUCUCACCAAUUAUAUUCGGUUAGGCUAUGAGUUCUUCAAUUCCAGCAUUUUUCCGAAUCCUCCAACUGCCAUCGCCUCUUUCAGUUAAUCAUUUUAAUUUCAAAGAUUGAUUUAUACGGCCUGUGGCUUCGCCUGUGUUAGCCGCCUGCCAGUCGAAGUGUUAUAUUCUCUAAAGAAAAAAGGUUUUAUUGACAACUAUUACAUUCUUGGCUUUUGCCCAAUAGCUCGCACGUUAAAUCUUAUUACAAGGCUGUAGAAGCAACUUUUCUUCUAAUGAAGUGCCGGAGAAUGGCAUUUGGGUGCCAAAAGUGUCGGUCCUUAUUUACACUCCACUUAGGUAGUUACUGAAGAUGUGUAGGAAUUUUCUUCGACGGACGCUUCAGCUGUCGAAUCAGCUCCAUGCCGAGGUUUCCCCGAGAGGGUGCAGUAUGGGAUUACUUCAGAAAGGACUGUAUAGAUUUUUAAAGAAAGAAAGAAAGUACAUUUAUUUAAGGCUACAACAUAGUACAUAAAAAAGAAGGCAUGCAGACAUAAAACAUAUUUGGACGCUAAAAAAGGAUCUCCACUCAGCAUAAUGCCGCGACAAUCCGUGGCGCUGGAACGUAAAGGGUCGGCAACGCGCGUGUAAUAUCUCUGGUGUUGCAGGCUUCCAUAGGUAACGGUGACUGUAAGCAGGCGAGCUAUAUGCUUGUUUUCUCCGACGUGGUAUAAAAAAUAAUAAAAAACAACACUUUAAAGUAAAGUUCAAGAAUCUCUCAGGAAAUCUAAUUCUUAAUUGGCAUGUUUUGCGUUACAGAAGACAACGAUCCAGACUCUUUCACCGUAAACCUGUAUCCAGCGAGACAGGUCAUGGACAGAGCAUUUGCAGAUCUCACUGCCUACCUCAACUGGACGAGGAUGGGGGUCAUUUAUGAAGACUAUGGCUAUGGGGAACUGAAUAUAGCGAACAUAGCAAAAGACGGGCGAGACAUGUAUUGCGUUCGCGCAUCCCACGAGUACCGACGCGCACUAACACUACUCAAAGCUCAGGGCGUGACGCAUAUCAUCGUUGACACUGAUCCGAAGAAGCUACGGCAAUUAGCAAGAGCUAUUCUUCAACUACAAAUGAACAACGAAAACUACCAUUAUAUUUUUACAUCCUUUGACAUGGAACUCUUCGACCUUGAAGAUUUCUACUACAAUCGGGUCAACAUGAGCGGUUGGCGGCUAGUCGACCGAGACUCUGACAAGGUCAAGGACACACUGCUAGUCAUGGAGAAGUUCCACCCUAUUGGCGCCAGUAUACUUACUGGAGGGCAUAUAAAGACGGAACCCGCUCUUCUGUACGACGCUAUACAAGUCCUGGCGAUGGCUUUGGCAGCAAGUAAGGAGGUGGGCGCCACCAACGCUUCGUGUGAUGACGAGACCACAUGGAGUAAUGGGAAAGAUGUCAUGGAAAAUAUCAAUAAGAUCCACGCGCACGGCCUAACAGGCCCCAUCCAGUUUCAAAAUGGCGUCCGCACGAACGUCAGCCUCCAACUGAUGCGGCUAGUGGGGGGAGAAAAGGGGGGAAUUGUGGUAUCCGGUCAUUGGAAUCCGGGUGACGGUCUGACCAUCACUGAUCCAGCGGCGUAUAAGAGAGAUCCGCCUCCUAAUGUGACCUUGACUAUUGUUACUGUGGAGGAAAAGCCCUAUGUAAUGGUAAAAGAAGGUUGGAACCUCCAAGGUAACGCCCGUUUUGAGGGCUUCUGUAUCGACCUGCUAGCCAGAGUGGCCGCCCAGGCGGGCUUCGCGUACCGGCUGCGACUUGUUCCAGACAACAUGUACGGAGCCAGGGACCCGGACACGGGACAGUGGAACGGGAUCGUGCGGGAGCUCGUCGAUCGGAAAGCUGACAUCGCGGUCGCAUCCAUGACGAUAAACUACGCACGGGAGGCGGUUAUUGACUUCACUAAACCGUUCAUGAACCUUGGAAUCGGCAUACUCUUCAAGGUCCCGACGUCUCAACCGACGCGCCUCUUCAGCUUCCUCAACCCGUUGGCCAUCGAGAUCUGGUUGUACGUUCUGGCUGCCUACAUCUUGGUGUCUUUCACAUUGUUCGUCAUGGCAAGAUUUUCACCGUACGAAUGGUCAUCAAGCACGCACGUCUGCGGGCACGAGACGAAACUACUCACAAAUCAGUUCAGCGUCUGCAAUUCGCUUUGGUUCAUCACGGGAACGUUCCUGAGACAAGGCUCUGGCUUGAACCCGAAGGCCACCUCCACCCGAAUAGUCGGCGGCAUCUGGUGGUUCUUCACUCUGAUCAUCCUGUCUUCGUAUACUGCAAACUUGGCAGCUUUCCUGACAGUGGAAAGGACAGUUCUGCCGAUACAGAGUGCAGCUGAUUUAGCGGCUCAGAAUAGUGUGCAGUAUGGCACGCUCAAUGGAGGAUCUACUAUGACAUUUUUCAGGGAUUCCAACAUCGACAUCUACCAAAAGAUGUGGCAACACAUGUCAACCACAUCCCCUCCUGCACUCGUCUCCUCAUACGAGGAGGGUGUGAGGAGAGUCCUGCAGGGGAACUACGCGUUUCUCAUGGAGUCCACGAUGCUGGAUCAUAGAGUGCAGAGGGACUGUAACCUUACGCAGAUUGGAGGGCUUCUGGAUUCUAAGGGCUACGGAAUCGCGACGUGGAAAGGCAGUCCAUGGCGGGAUCGCAUCUCGCUGGCGAUAUUGGAACUUCAAGAGAAGGGCGUCAUACAGAUACUGUACGAUAAGUGGUGGAAGAAUACUGGUGACGUGUGUAACAGGGACGGGAAGGACAGUAAGGCUAAUCCACUCGGCGUGCAGAAUAUUGGUGGUGUGUUUGUGACGCUGCUGUGCGGAUUGGCUCUAGCCAUAGUGGUAGCCAUCUUGGAAUUCUGCUGGCAUACAAAGAAGAACGCUUCACAUGGGAGACAAUCGCUAUGCAGCGAGAUGGGACAGGAGCUGCGGACGGCGAUGCGCGGCGGCUCUUCAAGUAGGACAGUCCUACGGCCGGGCUGCUCGCGAUGUUCCCCCGCGACCCACGUGCCUCCAGCACCCUCUAGAUACGAGGUAACUACAGACGGAGCUCUACACCCUAAGGCAGUCUGUAUACGGACUGUGCGAUGUUGCCCCUGAGAUCCGGACCCGGGUAUGUUCUUAAAUUACGUCCAAAAGAGAGCUAUGGGCAAUGUGAACUCAUCACGCUUUGUGUGGUACGGCACAGCAUAGCAGAUGUCAUCCCAAAUAUAGAGCAGAGCCCAACUGGGGAAGUACCUUACAGAAAACCGCAGCCAAAUAACACUAGACCCUACUCAUAGUGUUGUGUUCCUGCCGGUGAGUAAGGUUGCCAGAGGUCAACGAGGGUGCGGUGUUAGGGUCGUCAACGCGCAUGUAAUGUAACUCCUCCGGAGUUGCGGGUGUCUAUAGGCUGCAGAAACUGCUAACCAUCAGGUGGACCGUAUGCUUGUUUGCCACCGACGUAGUAUAAAAAAUAGACCCACGUGCUUUUAGCACCCUCUAGAUACGCGGUAUAUAUAACUGCAGACGGAGCUCUAAGCUCUAGGCAGACUGUAUACGGAACUGUGCGAUCUUCUCCCGACCCACGUGCCUCUAGCAUACUCUAGAUUAAAAUUCAAGAUCAGAGGCAGCGCUACGCGUGGGCGACGUUUGCCAUCGCCUAUCCGUGGGGCCUCCCGCCUCAAAUACAUAUAACUGGGAAUCCACGUAAAAACUAUCCGUUAUUUCUUGAGACACCAGAGGGCCUUGCUAAAUGUACCUUGCCCACACCAAAUAUUG